AUGUCUAGUGGAAAGAGAAAAAAAUCUUUAUUUGUCUUGGACGAUGAGCCAGUGCCAAUCAAUGAUACUCCUAUAUUUAAUUCUUAGGAUCCAUUGCUGACUAAGAACAAUAAGUUAUAUUCCUUAGAAAAUAAUGAAUAGGCUAAAACAGCUGCAAAUAAUGAUAAUAUUAUUAAUAACACAAAUUCAUAAUCAGUUGUAGGUUCUAUAUAUUCAAAAGCUCUAUAAAAUAGACUUUCUAAGAUCUAAAUAACAGCGAUUAUCUUAGGGAUUGUUUUUAAAAAAUCUGAUAAAAAGUAAGAACCCUUUAUCUAUAAUCCGAUUUCUAAUCCUUACUAAUUGAUGCAAAUUAAUGAAAAUUCAUUUGGGAUUAGAUCUUACAGGCUGAGAGCCAAUACUAGUACCGAAAAUUUUAUGGAUGCAAUAAAUUACUCUCAAAGUAAGGCAUAGCUUAAUUAAGACUUAUUAAACAGAAACAAUUUGAAAAAGUAUAAAAUGGGUUUGAACUGGAAUUAAUUUGGUUUUCAGUACAUUCAAACUAACAGUACAUAAAAACUUAUAGGGCAAACUCCUAAUUCCUCUAUUUAGAGUUAAUACUGGAGAAUAUUUGAUAAAGAUACGAAUUACGAGAUGAUAAGCACUUAAGCACAAUAAUUGGCAUUAAUGAGCUAGUUCUCUGUUCAAGGUUUAAAAAUUUAAGGCUUGAAAUUAUUUGGGCUAGGCGAAAGUAAUAAUCCUGACUUUUUCCUAAAAUCGGGAAACCAUACUAUAUAUCCAAUGAGUCAAGAUUAUAGCAGAGGUAAAGGAGCCCAUCCAUUCUUAAUGGCCCAACUUAAUAACAAUAAAUUCAUAGGAAUCUAUGUCUUUAAUUCUAAUCCUCUGCAAUUUGAAAUUUUUUAUAACUAUACUGAAAAUUAUUCUGUAGUGAACAUUAUGAGUAUGGGUUGUGGUAUUGAAUUAUUAUUCUUUGUUGGGUCUACAUUUUAACGAGUAGUUUAAAACUUUCAUUAUUUCAUAGGUACUCCAAAAAUAAUUCCUUAUUGGUCGCAAGGUUUGAUAAUGAGAAGCUCUUUAUUCAAAGAUAGCUAAUUUGUUAUUGAUACUUUAAAUAAUUUGACCAGUAAUGGUUUUCCAUUAGAGACUAUUUCAUUUUAAGAGAAUGCUUUGAUUUACAUGAAAAAUCUAGAGUUUAAUGAUUUACUUUUAAACAUAUCAAGAUAUUUCCCAUAAAUGUAGUUCUUGCUCCCAUUUUCCUAUUUCAUCAGCGAGUCAGACUAAGUUGCUAAAGAUUAAUCUCUAGAUUAAUGUGUAUAAAUUAACGAGGAUGAAAUAUUAAAAAUAAGUUUAAAUGGAGAAGAGGGAUAUUGCCUUGAUCCUUUUAAUUAGAAUAGCACUAUGAAGUAUUUAUCAGAAUUGCUUUAAAAUUAAGAGCUUUCAUCAAGGGGAUACUGGCUUUCAAACAACCUUCCAAAAGCAGAUAAAAUAGUAAAUAAAUUCGAAAAGGAUUCAGCAGAUGAAAGCUUCCAAUUUAAUCCAGAUGGAGUUGAUCUUGAAUAAGAUACGAUUCCUAUGAGAUCGUACCAUAAGGAUGAUGAAGGUAAUAAGAUAUAUCAUCAUCAAGUGCAUUCUACAUUUGGUUCAUACUUUGCAAAAGUUUUCUAAUAGAGUUUUGAUUUUCAAUCAAGUCAAAGGUAGCCAUUCAUAAUUUCAGAUAGCACAUUUCCAGGCUUGGGUUAGUAUGGAAUAUCUCAUAUAUUUAAUCUAGCUCCCUAGACUAUGGAUGAUUUAUAGAUUUUACUAAGCAAUAUGAUAAGUUUUAGUGUUUAUGGACUUCCAAUUUCUACUUCCUUACUAUGUUAAAAUGAUUUGAGUGAUACUGCAAGAAUAAGCCAAGAGUUAUGUGCUAGACAGUUUUAAUACUCAGUACUAUCACCCUUAACUAUAAUUCAGAAUAUUAAUGCUGAGAGUUCAAUAACCUCAUUUGAUAAUACCUUUUAAGAAAGCAUAAAAGAAUCGAUUACAUAAAGAUACAGAUACCUAAAUUAUUAAAGAACUGAGCUUUAUAAGAUAUAGAAGUAUGGAGGAUCUUUGAUAUAGCCCUUAUUUACAGUAUAUUCUGAUGAUAUUAAGAUCUAAAAUCAAAGCAUGCUUAAUUUCCUAUAAUUUGGGUAAAAUAUUAUAUCAUUCUUGCCACUUAGCAAUUAGACUGAUUAAACUGAAGUCUAUUACCCUGGAAGCAAACUUAUAAAUCUUGAAACUAUGGAUAUUCUUAAGACUUAUAUUGGAUAGAGUCUUAGAUUCAAUAUAAGUAAUAACUUUGGUAAAAUUGGGAUGUUUUAAAUUGGCAUUAGUACUGUCAUUGCUUUUUAAAACACAUCCAAAUACUAAGUACAGCAAGCAAAUAAUCUUAAAGAUAUUCCAAUAAUCCUAUCAGUUGCCUUAGAUGGAUAUUUUGGCUAUGCUUUAGGCUAGGUAUAUAUUGAGUAAGGGUCGUAAGAGUCUCAUUUGACAGAGUUUUACGAGAUAAAGGUUUCAGACAGUAUUAUAUCAUUCAAGUAAUAAAAUAAUGGAUCUUGUUAGAAUGUUCAGUCAACAAAUAUUGAAAAAAUCUAUUUGACUUUCCUAGAUAAAACUGUCUCAGCUGCUUGUGCUAUUCUUGGAGACCUAUAAACUGUUUAAAGUCUUUACAUCACUGAAUAAAAUAUUUCACGAGGAUAAGUAGUAAUCUAGCCUAAUAAUCCUAAUGAUGCUAAUGACAAGUCAACAAUUUAGAUUAAUAACCUAGCUUUUAUAAUGUAUGGAGACUCUAGUCUUAAAUGUGAUUAAAGUAUGUUUUAACUCCAGUUAGAUGAGAUUCUGAUAGACUAAGAUUAUACUUUCCAAGCUAAGGUGAUCUAAAAGAUAAGUGCCUUAUACAAAGGAUGGUCUCCGGCAUAAUAUUUUAAUAUAACAUUGCUCUCUGAUAAUUCCCUCUAUAUCAUGAUGAAUUCUUAGUAAAAUCAGCUUAAAGAUCCCUUGGCUAAAAUCUAUGAUCGAAGUUUUGCAGAUUUUAAAAAUAUUGGAAAAUCAUUUACUCUUAAAGACAUAUUGACUUAUGGACAAGAUCCUUUUUAUAUUUAAAUCAAUCAUCCUAUUAAGAAAGAUAAGAUAUUAUUCUCUACAAAAGAUUCUCUAAGUUUCUACCAUAUUGAUUUUAACUUAGUAAAUUAUCAAUAGCCCUCUUCUGACUAGAAUGUGUUCUAUGGUAUUGGUGAGAGGAAUGGCUAAUUCUUUUUGUAGGAUAAAUACACCUAUGCACUAUUCAAUAAUGAUAAUAACAUCCCAAAUAAUUAUUAAUCAAAUGGGCGAGUCUAUGAAUAUGGGAAGAAUGGACAUCUACCAAUUAUUUACAGUCAAUUAACUUAAUCAACAAUAACAACUGCAGUAAUUAUUUAUACUUCUCAAGGCUCAGAAAUUUCAUAUUUUAAAUAAAAUGGUCUCCCAAGAAUUUCUCUCCUUUAGUCAAAUACUUAAACUGAGUUUGCCUUAGUCUUUGAUGAUAUUUCAAGUAUCUAGUAGUAAGUCUUCAAACACAUAAAACUUGGAUCUCUUUUUUAGAAAAGCAAGCAGAUCUAGAAUAGUGUCCUGCCUCCUUUAGAGUCAUUCUUUGGAGUCUUUCACAUGUUUAAGAACCAAGAUAACAUAACAAGCUUUACUCAGAAUUUAGUUAAUGAUACCUAAUUACCUAUUGAGGGGUUUGUUCUUAAUAUGGACUCAUUGGAUGGAUAUAAAUCUAUGACAUUUAACUAAACUAAAUAUACUAAUCUUUAGUAGGACCUUGCCUACUUAUCUUAAAACAACAUGAAAAUUUUCUAAAUAUCUAAGAGUGGAUUUUCAACUACUGUAAAUGAUAGUUAUUUUAACUACAUUUUGGAAUAAAAUCUAUCGAUCAGAGCACCAUUUCCAGAUUACUCUGAUAAUAAACCCCAAUAUGGUUAUGAUUAGUAAGGAUAAGUUAUAUACGUUGAUUAUUCUCUGGACUAAUCAAGUUAGCUGUUGUCAAAUAUGAUUAAUGAUUUCUCAUUAAAAUACAAUCUUCAAAAUUAGUAUGGUGUUUAACUUAAAAAUAAUGAGAUAUCUGAUGUUUUUUGCAAAGAUGGCAUGUGCUAUAAAGAAGACUAUGAUGGUAGAAAUAUUUACUGGAUUGCCAAGCCAGGUAAUAUUGAAAUGACCAUGAAUACAUUCGGUUAUGCCUUCAGAGAUAUUGGUAGAGAGGACUAAUUCCACAAUCUUAAUGGUCUCAUGGAACAGAUUCAAUAUUCAAAUUUAAAUCUUCAAUAAAAUUAGCCCCCAUUAUUAAGCGACAGUAUUGCACUAGGCUCAGGAUUAUUGGGGUUUGUAGGUAAAAUUGCAAAUUAUCACAAUUUUGAUUUAAGUGAUGCAGCAUUAACUACUUAAAGUCUAUAGUAACUAAACAUUUUAGGAAUGCCACUAUUCAGCUAUUCAUUUGACUUAGAAGAUGUUGAUUUAUAGAGUUAAAAUUUCAAUAGAACUUUUUACUCUUAUCUAAUUCAAAGCACAUUCUCAACUAUUACAGUUUAAAAUCUUUAUCCUUUCAUUUAAGACUCAGAUAAAAUUAAAGAUAUCUAAUUUUUCAACAAGAUUAAAUAUAUGCUAUUGAGAUAUACUAGGACUUAAGUUUAUGUCUAACUUAAUACUGGUAAACCAGUUAUUAAACCUUUGUUUCAUGACUACCCUAAUGAUCAAUAGGCAUAUGAUCUAGUAAAUAAAUAGUACAUGUUUGGAGAAAGUAUCAUAGUUUAAAUUGAUUAAUCUAUUAGACCAUAAUCAUAGAUUUACUUUCCUCAAGGCUAUUGGUGUUCUAUCUAUUACUUUGAAAACCAAACAAGCUGUUUAUACUUUAGCAAAGGUACUUAUUACUAACCUAAGCAAAAUGAUCCAUAUAGAAUUUACCUCAAGUAAGGUACAGUAAGUCCAUUUUAAGAUGUCUUUGGGUCAUAUUAAUAAGGGUAAAUUUUGAAUUCAAAGUAUUUAUAAUAAUUGACUAUUGAUUUACAUAUAAUGCCUAACUUUGAUUUAAAUGGAAAAGCAAGUGCAAUCGGCUAAAUUUUGAUUCAUGGUUAUGAUUCUAAGUAUAAUGGCUUUUGUUUUAUUGAAAUGAAACUUAUUAAUGAUAUUUUAGCAUUUACUGAUACCUCACCUGAUAUUAAAAUAUCAAAUAACAUCAAGUGCAAUUACUAAGGCUUUUACCUUGGAAAGAUAUUUAUUUACUUUGAUAGUAAGAUAUCUUACAAAUCAGCAAAAAUAAACAACCUACUAGAUAUGGAAGUUAUGCCAUCAGGAUAAGAUAUUUCUCAAUUAUAAUCACCAAAUAGCUUCUUGCAUCUAUCAGAUAUCAAUAAUAUUACAUUCAGACAAUGA